CAUUUGUGGGACUAUUUAACCAAACGUUUGGAUGAUUGAGACUUACAUUGGAAAAGGUCGAGUCCGACUCACUUGACUAGAAGUUGAAUAACUUCAAGUUCAACAAGUUGAAUAUAUAAUUAACCUUAUUACGUCUUGAUCACGAUUAAUGGAUAACAAGUUUCUUUCCAUCCUGUACCUGACGUCUUUACAGUAUUCCUGUGCCCGCUCCAUACAUAAUCCGCUACGUUACGACAAGCAAGCACCACGUCACACGAACUUGCACCCAUUUCACUUUGCGGUACAGCAGGAAGACGUGGGAUUGGAUCCAUUCGAUAUGGAGGGAAAGGUGCAAUUGUCCUCUACAACUCCAUUAAUUCCAGCAGUAAUUGAUUUAGGUGAAUCUGGAUUGAACAGGAAGGUGUUGGGUCUCCCUGGCUGGGAAUAUUUAACUGUCACUCUCGUGGUAGUACUCGCUGUCGGCGUUGGUGGAAGUGUUGCGAUCGUCUGCAAAAAGUGCGGCGGUUUGUUGGGAAGACGUGGGGAUAAGGACCAAAGUUCAACUUGAAAUAUACGCAACAAAAACCGCUUCCAUCGGAACGCUUUGUUAUUUUGACUGCAUCAGUUAUGAAAUAAC